GCGCGCCCCCGUGUCCGCGCCGCCGCUACAAGAUGUCGUCGCUGGAGCAGAGGCUGUCGCGCAUCGAGGAGCGGCUGAAGCAGGAGAACGAGGAGGCCCGGAGGAAGAUCAACCUCAGCAUCGACAUGAGCCCGCAGCGGUCCCGCCCCCGGCCCAUCAUCGUGAUCCAGCUCAGUCCUGCUCCAGCCCCCUCCCAGCGUGCAGCGCUCCAGCUGCCGCUGGCCAACGACGGAGGCAGCCGCUCGUCAUCGUCGGAGAGCUCGCCUCAGCACCACCCGUACCCCAGCCGGCCCCGGCACACCCUCACGCUGCCCACCACGCCCUACGGCCUGCAGAAGAGCCUGGAGAACGCGGAGAUUGACCAGAAACUUCAGGAGAUCAUGAAACAGACGGGUUACCUGAAGAUCGAUGGACAGCGAUACCCGGCGGAGGUGACGGACCUGAUCAGCGAGGGAGAGAUCGGGAGCGGCACUUGUGGACAAGUCUUCAAAGUGCGCUUCAAGAAGACGGGCCACGUCAUCGCCGUUAAGCAAAUGCGUCGUACAGGAAACAAGGACGAGAACAAGAGGAUCCUGAUGGACCUGGAUGUGGUUCUGAAGAGUCACGACUGUCCCUACAUCAUCCAGUGCUACGGCGCCAUCGUCACCAAUACGGACGUAUUCAUCGCGAUGGAGCUGAUGGGAACGUGUGCGGAGAAGCUGAAGAAGAGAAUCCAGGGCCCCAUCCCCGAACGGAUCCUGGGAAAGAUGACGGUGGCGAUAGUGAAGGCCUUGCUGUACCUGAAAGAGAAGCACGGCGUCAUCCACCGAGACGUCAAACCCUCCAACAUCCUCCUCGACGAUAAAGGUCAGAUCAAGCUGUGCGACUUCGGCAUCAGCGGGCGCCUCGUGGACUCCAAGGCUAAGACCCGCAGCGCCGGCUGUGCUGCCUACAUGGCGCCUGAGAGGAUCGACCCUCCGGAUCCCACCAAGCCUGACUACGACAUCCGAGCCGACGUGUGGAGCCUCGGCAUCUCUCUGGUGGAACUCGCCACAGGACAGUUCCCCUACAAGAACUGCAAGACGGACUUUGAGGUUCUGACCAAAGUGCUGCAGGAGGAUCCUCCUCUGCUGCCGCUCAGCAUGGGUUUCUCCCUCGACUUCCAGUCCUUCGUCAAAGACUGCCUCACAAAGGAUCACAGAAAACGGCCAAAAUACCACCAGCUGCUGGAGCACAGUUUCAUCCGCCGCUACGAGGUUCUGGAGGUGGACGUGGCCGGCUGGUUCCAGGCGGUGAUGGACCGCACCGAGUCGCCUCGCAGCAGCCAGUGUUACAGCCACCAGCACAUGCUGCACUCGCUGUUCAGCAGGUAGCCUAGCAACCAGCGGCCCGCCGUCGGCCCGACCGGCCCACCGUCAGCCCGCCGCCGCCAGACUAGAGCAGCUUUAGCUUCGCCGACCCCAGACUACACCUGCACUAGUCUAGACGCCAGCGGCGGCGCCCGGGGCCAGACCCGCCCGGCCGGUUCCUCCUGAACCCGCAGAGCUGACGGAGGAGAGACUCGGUGGAAGACUCUAGACGGACAGACGGAGCGACGGACAGACAGACGGACGGAUGGAUGGAUGGACGGGUGUCGGAGGCGGGUUUAUUUAGGAGUCUGCUGAGUUUGGACCGGCAGACACGGGUGGGGGGGGCUCUAGUUAGCGUCAUACAAGCCGCGGCGCUCGCCACGCUUCACUCUAGUGAUGCACCGAAAUGAAAAUUUGUGGCCGAAACCGAAAAUAAUAUAAACACUUGGCCGAAUACCGAACAAUACCGAACAUGGUUCUUCGCAGUUUUUCAUUUAUUUUGCCAAUUUUUUCACCAUUGCAUAAAUCAAAUACAUUUGAUUUAGGCAUGCUUUUCAAAGAAAAAAAUCUUUUACAAAAUUACAAGGUAGAAAAUAUUUAUUGAACAUAAAAAACUGAACAUUUUUUAAUUUCCCGGCAUUAUGUUGUUUUGGUUCCACCUCCUGGUGAAUGUUAGGUAAAAUUCUAUUUAUGUUUGUGGUGCGCAAACGUUACAGGAACGGCCAGUCUAUUUCCUUAUAUUACAACGCCGUUAUUAAUUGUUAGUUUUUUCCUCCACUUAUUCCACCGAAUGUGUUUUUUUUUGCCAUUUUCGGCCCGAACAAUUUCGGUUACCGAACAAUCGGUGCAUCACUACUUCACUCGCGUACUAACUUUGACAUUAACACCUGGGUGUCUCGUUCGCGGCGUCGAUCCAAACGGUCGGAGCGGUCGGCAGAGUAGUCGCUCUCGAGCGUGCGUUGCCACGACGACGGCCGCGUCAGGUGGGAUUCAGAUCCUUCAGGUGUUUCUGCCGUUGGACACGCCCACCGGCUGUUCCAGCCUUCUCAUUGGCUCGGGUGAUCCAACCGCUCCGUUCGGUCCUGGAUCGUCAUCCGCAUUAAUCCUGCAGUGAAACGUGUUAAAGAUAUCAUCGUUGUAUUUAGCUGUUUUUGUAAUUGGGAAAAAACAAAAAUACAAAAAAAUUAGUGUAGAUGUUUAGCUUUCUAGACUCGACGGUGGCUUUUAUUGUGUAUUUGGAGUUGAACUACGGAGCGUUUUUAAA